UUCUCAGACAAAGAGCAUCGUUUUUCACGUGAACUCGCCCCAGCGAGGUUGGUAGUUCGGAACAAAAAAUAUUACUGUUUGAAACAAAUGCGGUCGUCGUAGCGCACACCACAAAAGCAAGCAAAGUCGUUUUCCUUCCGUACACUGUCCCAAACAAGCGUAUUCCUUUCCUUCGAUUGUUAAUCGAUUGUUAAAGCCGCCUUUUCUCAGCCUCCGUCCCACCGUGUACCAAAUGACCGAUGAACGGUAAUUAAAUACGGUGGCCGCCGCCGCACGCGCCAUGUUGCAAAUGAACUGAACUUUCGCUGCGAAAAUCAAAGCAUAUCAGAAACAGGCGACAACGACGUAGGACGGCGACGUCAGCAAAAGAAAUUAUAUAUAUCGGAACACGCCAGCCAACGCCCUCCAUCAUCCGGUCAACCCAAAAAGCGAGAGAGAGAGAGGGAGGACAGUUCCCUCUAUCUCAUGAAGAGUUGCAAUUUGGCUCGGUCAAGAACAAGUGUGCAGCAUCAUCCCCACCGAGGCCACAACGGGAAGCGCGUUUGAGCGAAAAACUGAACUGAAAAUACGAUUUAACAAAAAAAAAGCGAAAGCAAACCAGUGAAACAUGAGCGAUCCGGAAGAUCUGGAGGACGGCGAGAUCGAGGAUGACGAGGAGGACGAGGUGGUGGCGGUACGGCGGCCGGAUGAUCCACCGCUGAUGCCGCCCAAGCCGGUCGACUACAUGGAGUACGAGGCGGGCGACCAGCACCAUCCAUCCGUCGCUAGCGAUGGUGAAGGGAAAGCGAAUUCAAAGCCGUCGCAGCAGCAGCAGCAAUCACCGCAGCAACGCUCCUCCAAAAAACCCGCCCCGGUCGUGGACGACUGGACGAUGAAGGUGGAGCAAUCGAUCGCGAACGCACUGAUACGGGACGGCGUGCAGCCCCCGAUGCCCUCGUCCGUGCCGCACGGGCACGAAAAAGACGAUUCCGUCGGCCACACACCGUCCAGCAGGAAGUCGCGCAAGCGCAAGCGAGCGAACCGGAGCGAACAGCAGCACCAGCUGCAGCAGCAGCAGGGUGGAAAGCAGGCCCGGUUCGAUCCGGAUGGGGACGAGGACGAUGUCGAUCUGGAGAACGAAAUGCUCAACGUGCGGGGCAGCAGCCCACAGCAAGCCAUAAUGGGAAGGGGUGGUGGUGGUGGUGGAGGGGCCGCCGAUUCGGGACGGUCCGAUUCGGAGGCGGACGAUACUCACUACUCGUCGGACGAGUCGGCGGGUGGGCGCGAUCGGGACGGCGGCCAUUACCGUCGCCCCCGGGGGGACCAGCACCAGCAGCAGAGGGAGCGUGAUCGGGAGCGUGAACGGGAACGGGAGCGUGAGCGGGAGUACAACCGGAAGAAGCGGAAACAGGCGCGCCAGGGCAGGGGCAACAACAAUGGCAAAUCGAACCGGGACGGCCGGAAGCGCAAGCGGGACGAUUCGGAUGACGAAAAGCAUCGCCCGACGGGACCGCGCAAGAUGGAGCUGUGCAAGUUCUACCUGAUGGACUGUUGCGCGAAGCGGGAAAAGUGUCUGUACAUGCACAAGGACUUCCCGUGCAAGUACUACUACCUGGGCAUGAAGUGCAAGGAGAAGGACAAGUGUCUAUUUAGCCACGGCGAACCGCUGGCGGACGAUCUGCGCGCGAUCCUGCUGAAGCAUCUCGAGACGGCGCCGCAGGAAAUCCUGGGCAGCUUCCAGCGCAUCAGCCGGGACAGCGCGAUCGGCAUGCUGAACGCGACGCACCGGAAGCUACAGGAGCGGUACGGUGGUGGUGGUGGUGGAAAGCACCACGAUUCGAAAAUCCCUUCCCUGUUGGAUGUGGUCCCGGGUGGAGGAGGUGGCGGUGGUGGUGGUGGACACAUGCACAGCCCCAAGCACGGCUCUUCCCGCCGGUCGUCCCGCUGGGAGGAGGGCGGCCGCUCGAGCGAUGGAGAACCGCCGCACGAUGGUGGCGACUGUGGGGGCGAUAUGACGAUGCAGCUCGCCGGCGUCAUUACGGCGGCCCAGAUCAACGACCUCGAGCAGAUGGGCAUACGGACGCUGGACGAAAUUAGCCAGCUGACGGUGGCGCAGCUGAACGAGCUUGGGCUGAGCAUUACGCAGAUUCACGAUCUGCAGGUGCGCGCACUCAAUGCGCACCGGCAGGCAGUCGCCAACGAACGGAGACGACCGCGGGAACCGUCGGCACCGGCACCGGCCCCAGCACCAGCACCAGCACCAGCGCCAGCCCCUCCGCCAGCUCCGGCAGAAAAGCCAAAGGAUCUCGACCUGCGCACACUGCCGGGCGUGGCAGAGUCGCUCCUCGGUAGCCAUAGCAACGAACAGAACAGCAGCAAGAAGGACGUUGACAUGCGUGUGCUUCCAAUGGGUGGUGAGCAGCAGCAGCAGCCGGUGGCGCCUCCACCCAACAACGAGACCGCUGCAAACCUCGUCCUGCCCGGUCUGGUGCUUCCGAAGCCGCCCACCGUCGACUACUCGCAGUACAUCAAAGACUCGAAUCUGGACGAGGAGGACCUGGAUGCGGUCGCCACGGCGAGCAGCCUGCUGAACGACCCGCCCGAGGACGACGAUGACGAUGACGAUGAUGAGAAUCAUCUCAAGAUCAACAUCGCGGAAGAGGAAGAAGAGGAGGAGGAGGAAGAAAAGAAGAAGCAGUCUGAUGAGCAUGAGGAGAAGCAAUCCGACGAAGUCGGUGGGGCUGGAAAGGAGGAAGAACUUCUGCUUCCACCGCUGAUACCGCCCAAGAUUGACUACGCCCAGGGGCUCGGGGACAUACUGAAGUUUGGCAGCACCGCGGUGGACAAGAGUUUGGCCCAGCUGUCAAGCGGUGAGUCGCCCCGUUCGCAUCGAUCACCGUCACCGGUCGCAAAGGAGGACGCACUGACCGACAUUUGGACACCCUCGAUGGCGGACUCGACCCAGAGCAGCAGUGCUGGUGGUGUUGCCCAAAGCUUUGGACCUUCCUCGCAACAAUCGACGACGACGAAAGCGUCCGCCAGGUCAGCCACCGCGACCAAGCGACUCGGCGGUACCUCGAUUUACGAUUGGUGCGACUCGGAUGCCGGCGCCUCAUCACCGUCGGACGGGGGUGGACGAAAUUCUCCCGUGACGUCAUUGUCGUCGUCGUCGGCACCGUUCCGAUACGGUUCGCUUCCGUUGGACAUUGACGAUCCCUACUCGGCGACGACUGCCGGGCGGGAAGCGUCGAGCGAGCUGGGCUUCCCGUUCAAAUCGAUGAUGGCCAACUACGUGCCGGCUACGGAGAUCGAUGGGUCGAUCGGUUCGCAUGCACCGAUUCACUACAAGGUCUACGUGGUCGAUGUGCCGAAGCCAAACUAUGGCGCGCUAAGACGUUCGAUGGUUCGCCCGGUCGGCACGAAGGACCCCCGGCUAAGGCGUCUGUUCGGGCUGGCAAGCGACGAUGAUGAGGAUCGGGCGAGCGACACCAGCGAUGGCAUUAAAUCGCCCGAUCCCACCCCACACGCUUCGCCACUGUACGGCAGCUCGCCGUCGGUGCACGCUACCGCUGCACCAUCGCAACCGGCCAGUAAACCCGCACCACCCCCCGUAGUAAGCGGUGGGCGACGGGUAGAUCCACGCAAACGGCACGCCGAAAUGCAGCAGGAAUCGGCCGUCAAGAGUGUAGCGGCGGCUGCGGGCAGCGGCAACAACCAUAACCACCCGACGCCCCAGAUCGACGUGCAGACAAUACUGCAAAAGUCGCCCUGGUACAAGGACCUCGGCUCGAAGCACAAGAUCAUGGUGAACCAGCAGCUGGCCAUCCUGUCGUCCGAGAUGCGCAAGUACCACAACUCCGACCGGACGCCCGAGCAGCUGAGCGAGUUUAUGCAGUUUCUCGGCGGCAACGGGAUGCUGCAGCAGAUCCUCACCUACCUGAACGUGUUCGUGGACGAUUCGGUCAAGUUCUGCGAGGUGCCGGUCGUACCGAACAUGCCGCCGCCGGCCCUCCCGCCGCCCAACAUUCCACCGCCGAUGCUGCCGAUACCGGUGCACGUGCCGCCGCCGCUCGGCGUUGUACUGCCGCCGACUGGUGGUGGCGGCGGCAAUGGUGGUGGUGGUGGUGGUCUGCCCCACCAACAGCCAAACGGCCCUGGGAUGUUCCACGGCCCGAAUGGUCCCUUCGACCAGGAGCAGCAGCAUCGUGGUGGCGGUGGUGGCGGUGGAUUGCCUCCCUCGAUCCGGCCGGGGCUGUUGGGCGUUUCGCCCAACAUGCCGUUCGAGCAGUUCCUUGCGAUGGGCAAUGUGAACAGACACGGUGAUGGUGACGGUGGAGGAGGUGGUGGUGGAGGAGGAGGAGGAGGAGGAGGUAACAAUGGCCCACUGCCACUGUGGGUGCAGGGCAAUGGGGGUGGCGGAGGCGGAGGUAACAAUAUGCGCAACAUGCGCAACAACAACCGCAUCGGGCACAACUUCCGCAACAACAAUGAUCGGUGGAAUAAUGGUGGGCCACAGAUGAUGGGUGGUGGUGGUGGCAACAAUGGAAACGGUGGCGGUCCGGGUAACAACAAUCGGCGAAACAAUGGCAACAACAAUCGGCGCAUGGAUCGGAAAAAGUAAAUCCACACCCAGGAACACACGCCUUCCAAAGAGAACGAAAGACGAAUGAAGAAGCAAUAGAAAAGAGGGAGAAAAAGACAGAAAAUGAGAGAGAAAGGAUCCUUUUUUAGAAAAGCUUUAUUGCCCAGUGCCCGCGCUCCUGUGCGAAACCGCCCUGUGGUGGAGACGGAGGAACAAGCGCAUUGUUGCCGAUUUGUUGCCACCCCCCAUCUCCCCCAAGAAGACUUACUCAGCUGAAUAGACACAGAAGGGGCGACACACGCGCAUCGAUGGAUGAACACGAGAUUUGUAUGAAACGUAGAAGAGAGACAGACAGAGAGAAAAAGAGAAAGUAAUAUAGGAUUGUUAUAAUAAGCCAAACACUGUUUCAUCACACACACACAGUUCGUCUCUGCCGCAGUGUGUGUAGAGAGAGAGAGAGAGAAGAGUGUUGGUUUUCCUUCUAUAUACUUAAAAUGGAAAAUAAAUUAUCAAACUUUUCGUGGUACACACACACGCGGGGGUACGCACGUUGUUGCUACUACAUCUCUCACCCUCCAAAAAACCCGAUCGUGGUGUGUUUUGGAGGGACACAGAGAGAGAGAGAGAGAGAGAGAGAGAGAGAGAGAGAGAGAGAGAGAGAGAGAGAGAGAGAGAGAGAGAGAGCUCGACAAGCGGUUAGAAUCAUUUUACUCUAUCGUUAAACAAUUAUACUUGUUUCUGUGUUUCUGACGAUUGAGCUAGAGAGAGAGAGAGAGAGAGAGAGAGAGAGAGAGAGAGAGAGAGAGAGAGAGAGAGAGAGA